CGUGCCCAGCUUGACUUGUUCUUCCUUCAGCUUCUCUGCAGGUAGCAGAGACAUUCUGGACAUGCUGCUGUUCUUUGCUUUGGGAUUGCUUGUACAUUUCGUGUUCUUCGCCUCCAUCUUCGACAUUUAUUUUACGUCUCCUUUGGUUCAUGGAAUGACUCCUCAGUUUACACCUUUGCCUCCUCCAGCAAAAAGAUUAGUGUUAUUUGUUGCUGAUGGCCUGAGAGCAGAUGCUCUUUAUGAAAUAGAUGAGGAUGGAAACUCUAGAGCGCCUUUUAUUAGGAAUGUCAUAAUGCAUGAAGGCAGCUGGGGAAUAUCUCACACACAUGUGCCCACAGAAUCUCGGCCGGGCCAUGUAGCCCUGAUCGCUGGAUUUUAUGAGGAUGUCAGUGCAGUUGCCAAAGGAUGGAAAGAAAAUCCUGUUGAAUUUGAUUCUCUUUUUAAUGAAAGCAAGUACACAUGGAGUUGGGGGAGUCCUGAUAUAUUGCCAAUGUUUGCAAAAGGUGCUAGUGGUGACCAUGUUUAUACAUAUAGUUACGAUGCUCAAAGGGAGGAUUUUGGUGCCCACGAUGCCACCAAACUGGAUACCUGGGUUUUUGAUAAAGUUAAGGACUUCUUUGAUGCUGCAAGGAACAAUCAGUCUUUAUUCUCAAAAGUAAAUGAAGAGAAAGUAGUUUUUUUCUUACAUUUAUUAGGAAUAGAUACAAAUGGACAUGCUCAUCGACCAUCAUCAAGGGAAUAUAAGGACAAUAUUAAAAAAGUUGAUGACGGAGUGAAGGAAAUUGUUUCACUAUUCAAGCAUUUUUAUGGAGAUGACGGGAAAACAGCAUUUAUCUUUACCUCUGACCAUGGAAUGACAGACUGGGGUUCCCAUGGGGCUGGUCAUCCUUCAGAGACUUUAACUCCUUUAGUGACUUGGGGAGCUGGAAUCAAAUUUCCUCAAAAGGUAUCAGAUCAGCAAUUUGAUGAUGAGUUUUUAAAAGAAUGGAGAUUGGAAAACUGGAAGAGGCGAGAUGUCAAUCAGGCUGAUAUUGCACCACUGAUGACGUCCCUUAUUGGAGUUCCCUUUCCUCUUAAUUCGGUGGGAACACUUCCUGUGGAUUAUCUUAACAACACUGGUCUCUUCAAAGCAGAGAGUAUGCUUAGCAACGCAGUACAGAUUUUUGAACAGUUCAAGGUGAAGAUGACUCAGAAAAAAGAAUUUACUUUACCGUUUUUGUUUACACCUUUUAAGUUGCUCUCUGAUUCUCAACAGCUGGACAUUUUAAGAAAAGCAAGAUCUUACAUAAAACAAGGAAAAUUUGAUGAAGUAGUCUCCCUCUGUGAAGAGCUGAUUGACCUAGCAUUGAAAGGAUUGUCCUAUUAUCACACUUAUGACAGACUCUUUCUGGGCAUCAGUGUUGCAAUUGGUUUUGUGGGAUGGACAUCUUAUGCUUCUUUGUUAAUCAUAAAAUCUCAUUCUAAUAUCCCAAGAGGCACCAGGAAGGAAGUUAAGAAACCACACCAUCUCCUGCCAUGUAGUUUUGUAGCUAUUGGUGUCUUAGUAACAUGCUUCCUGCUGAUCCAAGCCUGCCCCUGGACUUACUAUGUGUAUUGCUUGCUGCCAGUGCCAAUAUGGUAUGCAGUUCUAAGAGAAUACCUAGUUAUUCAAGACCUGGUUGCAUCCCUGUUGACUUUUCCUCGGAGCCGUUUUGUUGCCUACUUGUUUGUCUUUAUCUUGGGUGUUGAAGUACUGGUGCUUAGUUUCUUCUACCGCUACAUGCUGACAGCUGGACUGGUUGUGUUUGCAAGUUGGCCAUUUCUCACUCAGCUGUGGACCCGAGCAAAGAUCACCUGCCUGAGUUGGGCUUUCUUCUCUUUGCUUCUGGCGGUGUUCCCGCUGAUGCCUGUUGUGGGUAGGAAGCCAGACCUUUCUCUAGUAUUGGGUGCUGGCUUGCUAGACCUUCUGCUGUCACUGGCUCUUCUAACAAGUCUCCUAAAAAGAAAAAUUACUUUGGUAAAGGAGGAGCUGUUGAUACUUGUGGCACAGAUGCUGAGUACAAUGCUCUCUAUGUAUGUUGUGUACAGCACCCACCACAGUCUGUUAAAGAAAGAAGGGCUGCCUCUUAUGAAUCAAAUUGUGAGCUGGGCAACAUUAGCCUCUUCCUUGGUUGUGCCCCUCCUGAGUUCCACAACUCUCUCCGAGCGACUAUCCAGCAUACUUCUUUCCUUGAUGUCAACCUACUUGCUUCUAAGUACAGGGUAUGAAGCUCUCUUUCCAUUAGUGUUGUCCUGUUUGAUGUUUGUCUGGAUACACAUGGAACAAGAGACCCUGCAGCAGCCGACUGUUUCCUGUAAACAGAAGCUUACCAGCAUCCAGUUCACCUGUAAUACUGAUAUAGCUCAAGUUCGACAGCUUUAUCUGGAUGACAUCCGUAGGGCCUUUUUCCUUAUUUUCUUUUUAUUAACUGCGUUUUUUGGAACUGGAAAUAUAGCUUCUAUUAACAGCUUUGACCUUGCCUCGGUGUAUUGCUUUCUGACUGUGUUUAGUCCUUUCAUGAUGGGAGCUCUCAUGAUGUGGAAGAUUUUAAUUCCUUUUGUUCUUGUGAUGUGUGCUUUUGAAGCAGUUCAGAUAACUACACAGCUGUCAUCAAAAGGCCUUUUUCUCAUUGUUCUUGUCAUCUCUGACAUCAUGGCUUUGCAUUUUUUCUUCUUGGUCAAGGAUUCUGGUAGCUGGCUUGAUAUUGGAACCAGCAUCAGCCACUAUGUGAUUGUCAUGUCCAUGACCAUCUUCCUAGUUUUUCUUAAUGGCCUGGCACAAUUGCUCACAACAAAGAAGCUCCAACUGUGUGGCAAACCCAAAAGCCAUCUCAUGUGAAGUUGAUGAAGCCAUCAGUCAGCGUCUGCAUCCUGAUUCUCCUUCUUAAAAGUCCCAACAAGCCUUCAAGAAAAUGGCUAUUGCACCAGGCUGGUGAAAGGGCUUGUUGUACAAGCUGACAACCCGAGUUUGAUCCUGGGAACCCACAGUGGAAGGAGAAAACGGACUCUGUAAAGUUGUUCUUUGACCUCCAAGUGCAUGCUGUGACACAUGCACACAUAUACUCCAUGCACUUGCACAUCUGUAUCAUGCACUUACAUAUCAUGUACCUGCAGGAAAAC